AUGAGAGGUCUUGUAAUCCUGAUGGCGAUCCUGCCUCUCGCGAUGCAGAAGGAGGCUGCCGAGGGUCCGUGCAGUUGUGCGGCGUUCGAUGUUUCGAGAACGGAACCGAUAAUGGAAUAUACGCUUCAGUACAACAUGAGUUGCGAUCGAGAAGGCAUCGAAAAGUGCGAGCGACUGUGCAUCGCCUUGGCUGAAAACGCCCGGGACAAGGCGCCGACGUUGAUUUGCGAGAAAUUGAACGCGCACGUCGAGAAUUUAAAGAUAGCCGUGUACGCGAAGGCGUGCGAUAUGACGGCGCCUUGGACGUUCACCGGCUUGGAGAGCGCGGAGUUCAUUUGCUGUCACGAAGGAAAGGCGACAAUCUGCGACGGGGCGACGUCGGUAAUUGAAAAUCAGCCAACCGUCGGAUCCGUCUCGUAA